AUGGUAAAAGACAAAGUCGAGAAAUGUCUGUCAUGUCAAGCUGCGACAGGACCAAGCAACCAGUCUCGCCCUGAACCGCUAAAGAUGACUCCACUUCCCCAAGGACCCUGGAAGGAGGUAGCGCUCGACUUCACAGGACCUUUUCCUUCUGGCGAAUAUCUUCUUGUCGUGGUAGACGAGUACAGCCGUUUCCCCGAAGUCGAGCUGAUCACCACUACAUCGGCAAGAGCGACGAUACCAAAACUUGAUGCCAUCUUCUCGAGAGAAGGCAUACCAGAAAUCGUUAAGACAGACAAUGGCCCGCCCUUCAAUGGGAAAGACUUUGCAAACUACGCAGAAUACGCAGGAUUCCACCACCGAAAGAUCACCCCAAUCUGGCCGCAANAUUACCAUAAUUUACCUCAUCAAAUAUGA